AAACCCUUAACCUUCGUCAUUUACGAUACACUCAGAAACACAGUCGAAACUCUGAAACGGUGACCUCAACGAUAUGGAAACCCCAAACUUCUUCCGCUUCUGCUCUCUCUCUAUCUGCGCCGGACUUGUCCUCCUCUUCACUUGGUCUCACUUCCCUUCCGGACCGGACCUCCUUGACUGCACCACCAACUCUGCAUGGUGCACCUCCAAGAACCGCUUCCAAUCCAAGCAACCAAGCCACCUCAAAAACCGCCACAACAACCCAGCGCGCCACCGCAACCACGCCUCCGACACGCCCCAUCACCCGCUAGACCCGCUCACGGUUCAAGAGAUCAACAAAAUCAGAACCAUCAUCUCCUCCCACCCGAUCUUCUCAACCUCCGCUGGCUACGCGCUCCACUCCAUCGAGCUGGAGGAGCCGGAGAAGCCUCUCGUCCUGAAAUGGAAAGAGGGCGACCCGCUGUUUCCGAGGAAGGCAUCCGUCGUCGCGCGUGUGAAAGGCGAGUCGCACGUGCUGACCGUCGACUUGACCACCAGCGAGGUCACCGUGCAUCAGACCGGUCCCCAUUCCGGUUAUCCUACGAUGACGCUGGAGGACAUGACCACGGCCACGUGGGCCCCGCUGGCGGACGCGACGUUCAACCGGACGAUCAUCGAGCGAGGGGUUGAUCUGACGGACCUGGCUUGCCUGCCGAUUUCGCUGGGAUGGUACGGUAAAACGGAGGAGAACAGGAGGCUGAUUAAGGUGCAGUGCUACUCCAUGAAAGAUACGGUGAACUUCUACAUGAGGCCAAUCGAAGGGUUGACCGUGCUUCUUGACUUGGACACUAAACAAGUGGUAGAGAUUUCAGAUAAGGGCGCGAACAUUCCUAUACCAACUGCCGCCAACACGGACUAUAGGUACGCGGCUCAGAAGCAAAACCAGGUGAUCAAGCUACUAAAGCCAAUAUCAAUAGAGCAACCCCAGGGUCCGAGUUUUACAGUAGAGGAUGACCACUUGGUCAAGUGGGCAAAUUGGGAAUUUCAUGUGAAGCCCGACGCCAGGGCCGGGGUGAUCGUGUCUCGGGCCAAGGUCCGAGACCCCGAUACCGGAGAAUUGAGGGAUGUCAUGUACAAAGGGUUCACUUCGGAGUUGUUUGUGCCUUACAUGGACCCUACCGAUGCUUGGUACUUCAAGACUUAUAUGGAUGCGGGCGAAUAUGGGUUUGGAUUGCAAGCCAUGCCUCUCGAACCCCUUAAUGAUUGCCCGCGUAACGCCCAUUAUAUGGAUGGGGUGUUUGCAGCGGCCGACGGAACACCUUAUGUCCGAUCGAAUAUGGUUUGCAUUUUCGAGAGCUAUGCAGGUGAUAUCGGGUGGCGCCACACGGAGAGUCCCAUAACGGGCAUGGAGAUUAGAGAAGUAAGGCCAAAAGUGACAUUAGUAGUUAGAAUGGCAGCAUCAGUUGCCAACUACGAUUAUAUUGUGGACUGGGAGUUCCAAACAGAUGGACUAAUAAGAAUUAAGGUUGGACUUAGCGGCAUUUUGAUGGUGAAAGGCACACCCUAUCAGAACGUGAACCAAGUCUCUGGCCAAGAAAGUCUCUAUGGCACACUUCUAUCUGAAAACGUUAUAGGAGUUAUUCAUGAUCAUUACAUCACAUUUCAUCUUGAUAUGGACGUGGACGGCUUUGAUAAUUCCUUUGUGAAAGUGAAUCUCCAAAGAGAGCAAAACUCUCCUAGUGAGUCACCAAGGAAAAGCUUCUUGAAAGCUACUAGAAAUGUGGCUAAAACGGAGAAGGAUGCACAAGUUAAGCUAAAACUUUAUGACCCGUCCGAGUUCCAUGUGAUCAACCCGUCGAAAAAGACCCGAGUUGGGAACCCUGUUGGGUAUAAGGUGGUUCCCGGUGGCACUGCUGCUAGCUUGCUUGAUCUUGAUGAUCCUCCCCAAAAGAGGGGUGCUUUCACAAACAAUCAAAUAUGGGUUACCCAAUACAACAGAAGCGAGCAGUGGGCGGGCGGGUUGUUCGUCUACCAGAGCCAAGGUGAAGAUACCCUAGCUGUGUGGUCUAACAGGGAUCGAGAAAUUGAGAAUAAGGACAUUGUAGUUUGGUAUACAUUAGGGUUUCAUCACAUACCAUGUCAAGAAGACUUCCCCAUAAUGCCUACAGUGUCAGCUAGCUUUGAUCUAAAGCCUGUAAAUUUCUUUGAGAGCAACCCCAUACUUCGGACUCCGCCUAAUGUUGAGACGGAUCUGCCUGUUUGCGAGGCUGCUACUGCUGCUUAGAGGACGUAUUCCAUGUUUUCAGAUAGAAUUUGAAUACACGGACGUUGGCUUUGCAUAAGCUAUUUCCGGUGAUCAGCGGGUUGAAUUUGAGUUUUCUAUGCUUGGGUAGUUGAUAUGGAAUAACAAGUUGAAAGAAUAGCGAGGUGACCCAAAAAAAUGAAAGAGGGUCAGCAAGUAAUUAAUUAGCUUUAGCUACUUGUAUAUGUAUUGAUGAUCGAACUCAUUGAACUAGUGGAAUCUUUACUUUGCAAAAAGAAUCUAGCUGGUGGAAACUGACUCAAAGAUUCCAAUUAAGAUC